AUGGAAGAUCAUUAUUUAACUCAACAACAUCAACAUGUUGUACUAAAAGUUGUUCGUCAAAUAUUAUUGCAAUUAAGCGAUAGACAAUUGAAUAUUGAUCUUCAUCGAACAACAACUGCAGGCGCUUGUAACUCUGCUACAACUCAAUCAGAAGAGUUUUAUGAAAUGCUCAAUAUCUUGACAGGUGACAUCGAAACAUUGACUAGCGAUGGACAAAGUCUAACUAAUGAAUCACUUCAAAUACAAAUGUCACUUCCACCAUCGACAGAAGCAUUAUCGAAAGUGAAAUUAUCUAUUGAAGAAUCAAAUUCUUUUUUGGAAGGAGUAAAACACAAUCAAGAUAUUCUCAAUCAAGAUUUGUUAUCAUUGCAACUAAAAAUCAAUGAUUUGCAGUAUGUUUCAUAUGAUACAACAUUGGUUUGGAAAAUAACAAACUUUCGAGAAAAAAUGAGUAAGAUAAAUAAUUACUUUUAUGCCGUUGAUGCCAAAUUUGAAAGACAAACAUCAAUUUAUUCGCCUCCAUUUUAUUCAUCUCCAAAUGGUUAUAAAAUGAGAGCUCGUCUUUAUUUAAAUGGCGAUGGAAAUACUCGUUGUACACACAUGCCACUAUUUUUUGUGCUCAUGCAAGGUUUGAACGAUCCAAUUCUCAAAUUUCCAUUCAACUAUAAAGUCACAUUUUGUUUAUACGAUCAAACGUCUAUACAACGACAUAUUAUCGAUUCAUUUCGACCAGACAUUAAAUCAAGUAGUUUUCAGCAACCUCGGUCGAAUGUGAAUAUAGCCAACGGUAUACAGAAAUUUAUCCCAUUGGAAGCAAUUCAACAGGAAAGAAGUUCGUAUGUACGAGACGAUACAAUGCUUAUCAGAAUUAUGGUUGAUUUUGAAGAAAUAUCCAAAACAUUAUUACCCUACGCUUUGAGUCACAAUCCAGGUCUCCCAGCUUAUGUUCAACAAGCAAUGAUCAAGCAAGAAACAGAACGAAGAACACAAUUAUGA